AUGGAAUAUGCAAAGCAGAAGCUGCAGGUCGCCAUACAAGAAGAAAUACAAGAAUGGAAUGAACGUAAAGAUUUAAUGUUGGAAGGUUCAACAUCAAGUGUCCUAGCACAUUGUUGUGAUGACCCUGGCUCUCCAUUGAUUAUGCGGGUGGAGUUCCCUUCUUCCAAGAUGCAAGAUGCCUCAGGGAUUGCUGUUAUAUCCCACGCUGUUUUAGACAAAGAUCCAGCUGAACUAAGUUGUGAUUCCAAAAUUUUCACAAGUCUCAAAUCUUCCAAUGCAGUUCGGUUCAGUGUUCUCACAGACAUUUUGUCAAAUCAUUUGGGAAUUGACUGCAGCAUGCAGAUCCCCCCUGUCCUGACCUCUGCUGUUUUACUGUCACAAAGACGGCAACUGAAGGAAGAACUAUUACAAGCCGUCUAUCCUAAACUUCAAGAUGGCUACUUGCUGCAAGGGGCUGAAGUAUCCUUACUCUUAGUGGAUACAGAAAAACAGCUUACAACUCCUGCAACUGAACGGGUCCUUCCUGUAUUGACUAAUGCAAACAACUUUCAACUACAAUAUUUUGAACCUGAUAUUUACUGGAAGAACCUGCAGACCAAAGUUCUUGGCCAGACAAUGGUGUAUGUUGAUGUUGUUCCUACAACAAUGCCUCUGCUUGAUCCUUUAAUGAAUUUAGCCCCUCAAAAAACUGGUCUAGUUGCUGUUGCAGGGAGGCAGACACAUGGAAGAGGUCGUGGAGGAAAUCGAUGGGUGAGCCCUGAAGGAUGUGUGAUGUUUACUCUUCAUGUGCAACAAGAUGCUAACAGUGACCUUGGAUGUGCACCAGUAUUUCUGCAGCACUUGUGUGGGUUGGCCAUGGUACUAAGUAUCCGACAGAUACCUGGUUAUGAGGACCUUGAUCUCAAGAUUAAAUGGUCUAAUGAUAUUGUGUUUGGAGGGCACAUCAAAUUAGGUGGGGUUCUUGUCAACUCUAUGAUCAUAAAUGGAGUACUUCAUGCAAUUAUUGGGGCUGGCUUAAAUGUCAGUAAUAGCAAUCCAACUGCAUGUGUAAAUGAUGUAAUAAGGCAAGCAAACUUUGAGAAAAUGAAACAGUGUGCUGACCAAACAUCAGUCUUGAAGGAAUUGACCAAGGAGGAAGUGCUAGCAAGAAUUAUCACCAUUUUUGAACAGCUGAUGGAAAAGUGCACAAGAGAAGGGCUUAACCAAUUCAAGAAUCAACUCUAUAAAUACUGGAUUCACAGUGAAAUUACAAAGUUUCAGCUCGAAAUGGAUGACGGUCAUCAGAUUGAUGUGAGAGUUGAAGGGCUGGACUCUGAAGGUCAUCUGACUGUGACUGCUGUUGACAGUGGACAAGCAUUGGCAUUGAACUCACUGAAAUACAGCAUGGAUGUUACACUCCAAAAGAUUUUUAAGAAAAGGACCUAA